UCAACAGUCCGAAAUCGCAACAGACUAGCUUUUUCUCAUAAUCCCAUCAGAUCAAAUUUGGACUAUCCAUCAAUGGCAUCCGAAUCAGAGCAACCCCUAUCCGCCUCCAGCACUCCCGUCAACGGCGAAAUCAAACCCAAAAUAGCUCUAGUCACCGGUAUAACCGGUCAGGAUGGUUCAUAUCUCACUGAAUUCCUCCUCAACAAAGGCUAUGAAGUUCAUGGGUUGAUUCGUAGGUCCUCCAAUUUCAACACGCAGCGGAUUAACCAUAUUUAUAUAGACCCGCACAAUGUCCAUAAAGCCCGAAUGAAGCUCCAUUAUGCAGAUCUCUCUGACGCGUCGUCUCUCCGUCGUUGGCUCGACACUAUCUACCCCGACGAAGUCUACAACCUUGCAGCCCAAUCCCAUGUGGCAGUCUCUUUCGAAGUCCCUGAUUACACGGCGGAUGUCGUUGCCACCGGAACUGUCCGCCUUCUUGAGGCGGUGAGGUCUCAUAUUGCCGCGACAGGGCGAAGCCAUGUCAAGUACUAUCAAGCGGGAUCUUCGGAAAUGUUCGGAUCUACGCCGCCACCGCAAUCAGAAACCACCCCAUUUCAUCCAAGAUCACCAUAUGCCGCGUCAAAAUGCGCGGCGCAUUGGUACACUGUUAAUUACAGGGAGGCUUAUGGGCUGUUUGCUUGCAAUGGGAUUUUAUUCAAUCACGAAUCUCCUCGUCGCGGGGAGAAUUUUGUAACCCGAAAGAUUACGAGGGCUCUUGGGAGAAUUAAGGUGGGGUUACAGAGUAAGCUGUUUUUAGGGAAUUUGCAGGCCUCUAGGGACUGGGGUUUCGCAGGGGAUUACGUGGAGGCAAUGUGGAUGAUGUUGCAGCAGGAAAAGCCUGAUGAUUAUGUGGUUGCGACAGAGGAAUCGCAUACGGUGGAGGAGUUUUUGGAAGUGGCAUUUGGCUAUGUUGGGCUGAAUUGGAAGGAUCAUGUUGUAAUUGAUAAGAAGUAUUUUAGGCCUGCUGAAGUGGAUAAUUUGAAAGGGGAUUCGAGCAAGGCGAGGAAAGUGCUUGGCUGGAAGCCUAAAGUUGGGUUUGAGCAAUUGGUGAGGAUGAUGGUCGAUGAAGAUGUUGAUUUAGCUAAGAGGGAGAAGGUUCUUGUUGAUGCUGGUUACAUCAAUGCUCAGCAACAGCCUUGAUUCAUACGUCUGCUGGUCUCUUCUCGUCCGGUCAUUAAGUUAUUGUAUUAAUGUACGUAAGAAAUUUGAAUAAUCGAGUCAUAAUCGAAUAAUCAGUCAUAAUUGAAUAAUCAAUGAGUUUAAAUUGAUAGGAGGAUAUUUACUGGGGUGUUUAAUUCAAGUGUUUUUUUUCCCCUAAAAUGUUUAUUUGUCCCUUUGUUUCGUGGAAUCAAAUUCAUUCAGUUUCAGCAAGAAUAGUUUCAAUC